AUGAAGGAGGAAGAAGAGACUUUACCCCCGUCCAGAAACGGCGAGAACAUGGAACCAGAGGGUCAUCAUCAUCAUGACAACGGCAACAACGCCAAUAAUGAUCACCGCCGCUCCACUAAUCACAACCCUCGCGAGUUUCAUACGGCGGAAUCGCUCAUGGAGUAUCUUCAAGAAGAACGAGGGGAAUCUGGCAAAGCCCCCGAUUCCUUCAAAGAUUAUCUACAAGCUCAGAGACAGUUACGAUCCCAACGGCAACAUCAUCGGCGGGAGUCGUUGGGGCGCGUAGUGUCACAAUUAUUGCAUCAUCAUCAUCAUCAUCAUGAAGCCAUUCCAGAAGAGGAAGAUCCGCCGUGUAGCAAGCAUCGACAAGCCGCUUUGAAUGCCAUGAGCGUGCUGGGGCGACGACAACCCAGUGUCCGACAAACGGACGAAUGGCAAGCUUUUGUCGAGAGUCAAGCCUUUCAAGAAAAAGCCGACAACAACAAUGAUGAUGGAAACAACCAAAAGGAAGGAGGAGACGCCGAAAAUGAAGAAGACAAUCAUCAUAACGAUCAUAAUGGUGGUUCACUCACGGUUCCUUGGUAUUGUCGGCCGGUCCAACGACAACGAUGGGGAGAUGAUGUGGUUCUGCCACAUAUCAAUUGGGGAGACUUAUUCUUUGAUUUAUUCUACGUCGCCGCGGCAUACAACUUGGGGGCCAUGCUCAUUAGUGCCAUGGGAAACUCGUACGAAUGGCCGCGAGGAGUCAUUUACUUUAUUGGCAUUUUUGGACCCCUCUACAAUAUAUGGGAAAACGACGUCAUUUACUCCUCCCGGUACACACUGGUCGAUUAUUCGCAUCGGAUCAUUGCCGUCAUUCGAUUCCUCUGUGUCGGAGUGGCCGUCCUAUCCAUCAAGACGGUGCAAUUUCUUGCGGACAAACACAGUUUGGAGACAUUUACAUUGGUCGUUGCACUCUUGUGUGAAUCCCUCCUCCAGUUGGGGCUCAAUCUAGAACUCUAUUGGUAUGGCGAAGGAGAUCGAAUGGCCAUCCAAAAUCACACCCGUCGAAAGCUCCUGUGUCAGUUUCUGCCGGCGAGUUUGACCUACUUGGUGGCGUCCAUUAUUGCGGGGCAUUCCUUUUUUCAAGAAGAGGAUGCCUACAACAACAAAAAGGAAGAUUAUGGAUCUUACGAAAGCGGCAAAGACGGAUAUGGCGACAAGGAGGAGUACGGCUAUUCUGAUUCUUCAAACUACAAUGCCACUGCUGCUUACUACACAAACGACACGACGACACUCAACAAUGACACUGAUUCUUAUUACCACCUCGACGAUGGGCACUUUCGAGUUUUGGCUGCGGCGGCUUCUUCGUCGGGUUGUCCCUAUCCCAAUGACGGACAUAGAGUCUUGGCGGGUGGCGGCUAUGAUGACAAUGACUGCGACAGCAGCAAGGGUCUCGAGUGGUCCAUUGCCGAUGUGCCCUUGAUACUUUGCCUGGGGAUCUAUGUGAUCAACAUACUCUACACUCUGUAUCGCAAGUACAAUACGGGGGGAGAAGGGCAGGACAUUCGACAACACUUUGUGCCAAACAACGUCGACUACCUAAUCCACAGAUACGGAGAGUGGACGAUGCUUAUGGUGGGAGAAAGCAUCCUGUCGUUGUUGAUUGUGGAGACGAUUGAAUCGUCGGAAUACUAUGCCAUUGCGGCCAUGGGAUGCUUGACCGUUAUCGUCAUUCAGCUCUUGAAAUUCGAAUCGGAGCCAAGUCAUGCCGAGGGUCAUGCCUUGUGGCGAAGCAUGUUUGCGGCCCAGCUAUUCAGCAUUUUGAUUCAAAUCUUGUCCAUUGGCCUGAUAUCCUUUGGAGUGUCGUACAAGAUCAUGUUGACCAAUGUGCUACAGGAAGAACUAGAAAAAGAAGAAGAAGAUGGGCAUCGAAGGCUGGUAGCCGAACUGGCAAAGUAUGUUUUGGAAGAAUUCGGAGGACAUCGAAGGUUGGCAGCCGUGCCCAAGAUUGCGGAUCAAGCGUUGGCAUCCUUGUUUUGUGGGUCGCUUACGGUUGUCCUCUUGAGUCUGGAAAUGAUGCUGGGGACACACAAAGGAGUGACAAAAAGCUAUCAACUGUUGUUCCACGAAAUCGAGUCCUUCCAUGUAUAUUCAUUGAACUGGCCAUUGAUGUUCAUCUCUGUGUUCAAGAUUACUGUGAUUGUAUUCACAGCAACCCUGAGUCAGUGGCGGACCGAACCAGGUGCGGUAGCGAUCUUUGGAUUCUUCAUCGUGACUGCCAUGGCCAUUACCAGAAUCGUAGGUUGGGGAUUUGUUCAUCAUGAGCAGCACAUCAAGGAUACGGUUAACUUGAUGACAAGUCGAGCAACUGGCUUGAGUCGCGACUUGAUGUACCAAGCAACUGAUGCUGGAAGAGAUAUAUUGUCGACGCUGGCUUUGCAGUCGACUCUGGCUUUGCAGGCUACAGGAGGAGCAUUCAUGACAGAACAGGCAGGUUCGGCGUCGCAAGAAGAGGAGCUUGCAAUAGACAAAGCUCUCGACACGUCUUUUGACGCGGUGGUUGUCACCGACCGUGCUGGGACCAUUAGGCAUGUGAACUGCCUUGUCUUGAGCGAGUUCGGAUACGCUUCAGAACAUGAGCUAGUUGGAAACAACGUUUCGAUCCUUGUUGGAGGUGGCGAAGCAGAACACCAUCAUCUCUACAUGGAACGAUUCAACAAAAAUGAACAGCGGUCGACAACAAUAGGCAAACAAAGAAAAUUGCACGCACGCCGAAAGAAUGGCGAGGAGUUCGAUUGUGUCAUUGGGAUCAAGGAGAUUCCAAACACGGGGCUCUUGGUAGGAUACAUUCGAAGCUUGUCACUGCUUGAUGUGACAGCGAAAGAGUCCCCCGCAAAUCAUGUGGAACAUGUGGAUGACAAAAGCUUCGACUCUAUCAUAGUUAUUGAUCCGAGGGGAACGAUCCUCAACGUGAAUCUGACAGCUUUGGGAGAGUUUGGCUACCAAUCAAAAGAGGAAUUGGUUGGCAAAAACAUCUCCCUUCUUGUGGGAGGAGGACAAGCUGACAAUCAUGAUGCAUACCUUUCGAAGUUUGAUAUGGACGAUAGGGACAAUGCAACCAUUGGCGGCAACAGGCGUGUCGUGCAUGCCAAGAGGAAGGAUGAAACUGAGUUUCCUUGUGUGAUUGGUAUUCGUCGAGCCCCUGACAGUGACAAUCUCAUCGGGUAUAUUCGCAAUAUGACUGGCAUUGCGCCCGAAGAAGAGGAUCUCAAAGAAAAGACAAAAUACCUUGUUGACGAUACUUCUUUUGAUGCCAUUGCAAUAGUCGAUUCAGAAGGAAAGAUAUUGCAAGUCAAUGCCACGGCGGUUGAAGAAUUCGGAUACUUGGCCAAGGCAGAACUAGUUGGCAAUAACAUUAGUAUCCUCGUUGGAGGAGGUCACGGAAAGCAUCACAACAGAUACAUGAAGAGAUUCCAGCAAAAGGGGAACGAAGAUUCUGCCAUUGGCAAGCGACGCCUGUUGAAAGCUCGACGGAAGGAUGGGACAGAGUUCUCCUGUGUGAUCGGCCUACGGAAAAUUCCCGAUACCGAUUGGCUGAUUGGCUACAUCAGGUCAACAGAAGGUCUCACAAAGAAGCAGCGUGAAGCCGAAUAUGACAGCAUUUCACAGUUCAGUACAGCUCGUUCAGGGGCAGCAGGAAGUCUCGACGGGAGGAGCCGUCAAACCAUUUCUACCGGCGGGGCGAACAAUUUGGAUAUCAUGGAUGAGUCCUUUGAUGCCAUUAUCGUUGCUUCCUUCAAUGGUGUAAUCAAGAAGGUCAACCAAACGGUGCUGGACACGUUUCGCUAUCCGAGCAAGGACGAGUUGGUAGGACAAAACAUAAAGAUUCUGGUCGGAGGCGGGGAAGCAGACAUGCAUGAUGGAUAUCUCGAACGGUUUCAAGCAGAGGGCAAAUCUGCUUCUCAGAUAGGGAAACAGCGAGUCCUCUACUCGCGACGCAAAGAUGGAUCUGAAUUUCCUUGCCUGAUUGGAAUCAAAACGACCCCAAGGAAUGAUGGAUUGAUUGCAUGGAUCCGUGAUAUGACUGAUAUUGCACAGCAAAGAUCUUCGAUCCAAAUCACCAACAUGAAGAUGCUUGAUCCUGUUGAACGUUUGGUUGACGACAAUUCCUUCGAUGCGAUCAUUGUGACCACGGAGAAAGGUGUUAUUCGGAACGUCAAUGAAACAACUGUGCGCGAGUUUCGUUACGAUUCCAAGGAAGAGCUGGUGGGGCACAACGUUUCCGAUUUGGUGGGGGGCAGAGUCAGCGCCAAACUGCACGAUAGAUUCAUGGAACGCUUUCAAAAGACAGGAAAGUCAUCGACGACGAUUGGGAAGCAGCGCAUUCUCAUGUCCAAGCGCAAAGACGGCAGCGAGUUCAGAUGCAUCAUCGGGAUCAACAAGAUUCCCGACACAGAUAACCUCUUGAUUGGUUACAUACGCAAUCUGGAGAUGACACACGAACCAGACUCGAUCAAUAUGUCAGACCUGGACACUGCGACGGCUUCAGUGGCCGGUAAGUCAAGGGACUCCCGCGAAAGUUCCUUGGGGGAUCCGUAG